AUGACAAGUUUCAGUCCACAGGAUGUUUUCACACCGGAGUGCAAAUUUAAGGAAUCUGUCUUUGAAAACUACUACGUUAUUUAUUCUUCCACGCUGUACCGGCAGCAAGAAUCCGGACGAGCGUGGUUCCUGGGACUCAAUAAAGAAGGUCAAAUAAUGAAGGGAAACCGAGUGAAAAAAACUAAACCCUCAUCACAUUUUGUACCCAAACCCAUUGAAG